UGUAUACAGAAAAAGCGCCCCGCGACAAAGCGUAAUUCGAAUGGUCCGCCAAGUGCCUCUGCCGCCCCCAAAGUGACCCGGAGAACUGGAAUAAAGCCGUGUAAAUUCUGUCCCAGAGGCAAGUGCAACGAGCAGACCGCAGCCAACAGUCGCCCUCCCCGGGAAAAUUGCGUGUGAAAAUGAACUGUGGCGCCGCUCAACCCCCACCAGCUUGAGUCCCCGACGUUUGGGAGGAUGUUCGCUUAAAACGCGACAAUAAGGCAGCAAAAAUGGCCACUACACAGGUGGUCACCUCCUGCGAGGGUGACCCGAACUUUGGGAUCAUCCUGUCGUUCAUGGAACAGUUUGGCCCGGUGCUGGACGUCGGCGAUUGGAACAUCGCGGAGCUGAAGGCGAUGCUGGAGAACACGGAAUCUGUUCCACAGGCGCUGGUCGAUCUGCACAUCAAACUGAUGCGGAAGAUCAACAAAAAGGUUCCGCCUGCCAAGUGGGAAUUGAAUCUGGCCAAGUUUGCGCACUCCUACUCCCACCAGGACGCUUGGGAAAUUGAACGGUUUGGCUACAAAACGGCCAAUCUGGCCGUCAAGCUGCGAGUUCUGAAGGCGUUGCUGGAAGGACAGUUCGAUUUGAACACAAAAUUCAAAACCCAAAUCAAUACGACCGUCGCUAAUGAGCUGCGGCUCGAUCCGCUGGGCCGCGAUCGACAGGGCAAUUCGUACUGGUACUUCAUGGACAACAGUGCCAAUCUGCAGAUCUAUCAGAUGGACGCCGAAAUGGAAUGUUGGACAUUAGUUGCUAGCAAUCGAGAUGAGUUCGUCAAGAUGAUUGAGACGUUGAAAGAGAAUCGGCCUAUCGAACCGCUUCCCGUGCCCGAGUUCGUCGAGGAGGAAGAGGACAGUGGUGCUGACAGCACGAGUGAAUCGGAAGCGAUGAAGCGCGGCAUGAUUCCCGCACCAACGGAAGCGCCACCGAGUCUGAUCAUAUCACGCCGCACUUACAAGACGGUAACGGAGCACACCGAGCAAACAUCUCCAUCUGCUCCCGCAGCGGAUAAUGGCGGUUCGAAGGUGCAGCGAAAAGAGGACAAUACGGCAGAUGUAAAGAUGGAAGAGGAUGCUGAUUGUAAGAGUGACGAGCGUCCCGCUGCGGAUACCGCCCUGGAUGAUACCAAAACCGUCGUUAAGCAGAAGGAGGAACAACCGACAGAAGCCUCAACCCCGGGAGACGCAAUCAAGGAAGAAUCUCUGGAACUGAAGCCGAUGAAGACUGAAACGAAUACGAAGGAAUGUGAAGCAAUGAGUGUUGAUACGGAGCCAGAGAACCCGGCCAUCUUGGACACUGCCGCAGCUCCUAAAGAGACGGUCGAAAAAGACGUAGAGAUGGAAGUCGAUGAGAAGCCAGAGGUGCCUUUACCAAAGGCUGAGAACGAAGCUAGCACCGAUGUUGCCGUAUUGCCGUCGGAUGCAGCUGCGAAAGAAGGAUCCGAUACCGAGGAGAAGCUAAAGGAAGACAACGAGGAAUCAUCUGGCAAGGAAUCUCCCCCCACUGAUACUAGGAAGGAAGCGAGCGAUGCCACGGUUGGAGAGGCGAUAGAAGAUCCACCGGUGAUGGUGCAAGGUGAAGGUAGUGGUGCUGAUUGCGAUAGUGCAACCGCUCCCGUCCAACCGCUGUUCAGUGAAGUGAUCGAAGAACCGAUAAUGUUUUUCUAUGGUCUCGGUGCUGGUGUCGAGAAUGAUAUGGGCAAUACGAAGAAGGUGGAAACUGCACUGGCCACUGGCACACACAAAGACACUGGCAAUAAUGGGGAAGGAACGAGCCUUUCGGGUGCGAAUGGUGAAGAAGCUACUACUACUACCGAUGCCGGGUCCGAAGUUGAUGGAAGUCGAAAUUCGCCGUUGAAAAAGAUCGCGAUCACCAAAGGGAACGAUACGCCGGAAGAAGAACCGAAGCAUGGCAAGGUGACGGCUGACGAGGACGCGAAUGGAAGCCAACGAGUGGGUGCUGCUAGUGACGACGAGGACAAUGACGUGGCUGAAGCUAAGGAAGCACAUAAAGGUAAAUCAACGCGCGACAAAGGUAACGGUAAUAAACGGACAAAGAAACCGGCCACACCCGCUACGGCCGAAGAGGAAGAACCGUCAACCGAUGCGAGAGUGAAUGCAGCUUCGCGUGGAAAGCAAAAGACGGAAGUUCCUAGUGAGACCGGUUCUGUGUUGGUGGUUGAGAAGAAACGAGGCCGAAAAGCGGCCACACCGCGUAAGGCAGCAGCAACUGUAGCAGCAGCUGUGGUUGUAAGCCAGGAAGCGGAAUCUUCUGAAGAUGCCACGACGAAGGUCGAUGCCGACGGUGCCAGUGUGGGCAUUCCUCUCAAAUCGGACGAAGCCACUGGAAGCGAACUGAAGUUUAUCAUCAAAAGUGAUGAAAAUGGGGGAGAGGCCAAACAUAUGACCGAGUCGGAGAUGAGCGUGAAGCAGGAAACGAAGGAAGAAGACAUUAAGGUGAAAAAUGAACAGCCCGCUACUACGGUGGCCACUAUGGAGGAUGAGUCGAAGCAGCCAGAAUCAUCAGUGGCCGGUGGUGAUGAUGAGGGCACAAAGAAUGAAGAGACGCCCAGCAAACCAGCGACGAACGAUCAACAGAAGAAGCAGACUGACGUAGAGAAGGCAGCAGACGAGGAAGGGGCCGGUGCUGCCGAGGGUGAAAGUCCUACGAAAAAGAAGCGUCGACAACGGAACGGUCUGGUUGAUGGCCUGGACAUAUCGAUGGUGCUGGAUGCUGGGGCUGACGGUGGUGGCACCGUACGUCAGUCUCGCCGGAUUGCGAUGCAAAAAAUCAAGGAAGAAACGAACCGACGCCAGAUCGAGGACCAGAUGCUGAAGAAGAUGAAGGCCGAUGCGGUGCAGAAGAAGAAAGAUCUGGGAAUGCAGAUCUCGGACGACGAUGAGUACCGCAAAUCGGCUUCAUCGGACAGCAGCAGUAGCACGGAUGGUGGGCUAGGAGGGGAUGGUGGCGGGCGUCGCCGGAAGAAGAAAAGAAAGAAGAAGAAGGGUAGUUUACUGCAGCAGCAACAGGAGCAGCUGCUCCAGAACAAGAAGAACGCCAAGUGGAACAGUGCGACAUCGCCCGAAAGUAGCUCCGAAACGGAGGCCGAGGAUUACUUUGCCGACGAGCACUACCACUCGGAGGAGGACGUACGGCGAACGAAUGCGCUCAAGUCGGAUCACGAGUUUUCGCCGGAGUCGGAUCUGGAAUCGGAGGCACCGGCGCAACCGCUGAAACGGGCCCGUACUGCGCGCAAAGCGAAAAGAGUGACCCGUGAGGAGGAGGAAGAGGAAGAAGAGGAAGACGAGAGUAACGAAGAUCACGCGUGCCAGGAGUGCAAGAAAAUGGACCAACCGGAGUGGAUACUGCUGUGCGACUCGUGUGACAAGGGUUACCAUUGUGCGUGCCUCAAGCCGGUCCUGUUUACGAUCCCCGAAGGCGACUGGUUCUGUCCGGUGUGCCAGCAUCGUCAGCUGAUCGUGCGCCUGCAGUCCAAGCUCGACCUGUUCGAUGCGCUACAGGCCAAGCUGGCAGCAGAAGAGAGGCGGCGCCGAGAGGAGGAACAGGUUGCGCGCGAAGCCGAACUGGCCGAGCAAGCGCUGGCGAAUGAGCGCGAGGCAAGGUUACGGGCGGAGAAACGUGCCCGGCAACAGCAGCGAUUACUGGAGCGUGCUGAUGCUGCCGCUGAGCGACGAUCGGCAACCGGUAGUAGCGAUUCCGAGAGCGAUGGUGAUGACGAUGACGGUGAGGAUGCCAGAGAGCGAAAGGAGGAGAGCAAGCGGCAAAAGCGUAAACGCCGACAACGUCAAAGUCGUUCUGCAGCCAAAAAACGUCGCUCGGUAAGCGCAUCCGGAAGCGAUCGAUCGGAAAAUGGCAGCCACAGUGGCGGUGGCUCAAACACUACGGAUUCCGAUGACAUACCGAUCUACAAGCUGCGCCGCCGUGCAUCAGCCAAAGUGAGCUACAAGUUUAACGAGUACGAUAACCUCAUCGACUCGGCGAUACGGCGCGAGAUGAGGAAUUGCGAAGUGAUCGACGAUCAGCAGGAGGAGGAGGACGACGAUGACGAUGAUCAUCGGCGACCGGUGGACGAAGAAGAGGAAGAGGGCGGCUAUGGUAUGUCGAAGGGCAAGGACAUCAGUACAAUCAUCGAGGCGACGGCACGAGAGGAAGCAGCACGAAAGAAGGCACUUUUAGGUGACAGCCACAAGGAUGCCAUGGACAAAGCAGGCGGCCACGGUGACGGCGAUGACGAGCGACUUGUAAAUGGCGGUAGCGAUGACGGAGAACGGCAGCAGCAAAAGGUCGCCGCUUCUCGCAAGGGCGAUGGCGGCGUGGUCGAUGACGAGGAAGACAGCGAAGGUGUAAUCGGUGUGAGACCGAAAGCGACCACGGGUGGCCAGAAUCGCGGUGGCCAAGCGCAGAAGAAGCGCAAAAAGAAGAAAAAGCUUUGCCAGAUCGAGCUCAGCUCCGAGGAGGAAGCCGGAGACGAUGAUUCCGAUGAGGACUUCCGUGGCGAUAUGAGCGGUUCCGACGAUGAAGAGGAUGAGGAAGAGGACGAUGAUGACGACGAUGAGAUGAACAGCAUGUCGGGUGAUAGCGAAAGCUCGCUAGAGAUACGCGGUCGCGGAAAUCGAGUGCGAAAACCGAGCGGACGAGCAGCGGCCAAGCGACGAAGGAUUGUGGAAAAUUCGGACGAUUCCGACGAGGACGAAGAGGACGAGGCAGAUCAGCGUAGAAAGUCGGCGAAGGGAGGACGCAAGGGCCGUGUUUUGGACGAUAGCGAUGAGGAUCUGGACCUGGAUGACGAGGAGGACGACAGUGAGGACUACGACAGCGACGAUCUGUGCAGUGACACGGAUACGGAACUUAGCCGAAGUAGCAGCAGUGGUUCCAGCAGUAGCAAUAGUAGCUCCGGUGCCAGCAGCAGCGAUGGUGACUGGCGAAAGAAGAAGAAGAAAAAGAAAGACAAAAAGUCAAAGUCGAAAGGAAAGGUUUCGAAGGCAGGGGCUACCGGUGGCGGUGGUGGUGGUGGUGGUGGUGGCGGCGGAGCUGGUGCUGGGAAGCAUAUUGAGCGUCCGAAGAAAGCAUCCACUGGAAAGGGAUCGGGAGGUGGUCGAGGGAAGAAGGGACUCGCUGCCGGCAGUUCUGACCGUAGCGCUAGUGAUCGCAGUAGUGACAGUGGAAGUGAUAUUGGUGGAAAGGGAGGCAAAACGAUGCCCCGGAUUGCGAAGAAACAGUGCAAGAAAACCGGAGGACCGGUGGGUACGGCAGGUGACAGUGAUGGCUCGGCUGGGGCAGGUGAGAAGAAAACGGACCGAAAGACACGCGGCAAGAAGAUCCAUUACAUCGUGGACGAGGAUUUCGAAAGCUCGGACGAUGGUAUCCGGCCGGGUGUGCAGCGACCCGAUACACCGCCGGAAGAGCGCGAACAGUUCAUUCGGCGUCAGGAGGAAAUCAAACGCAUGCUCGCGGAGAACAAUGCGGCCAAGGCGAAGGAGUUGGCUACUUCCAAGAUUGACCAGCUGGUUGGUACCGGGGGCGGUGCUGGUGCUGCCGGUAGUCGCUCGGCGUUGAAGGAGGGAUCCAAGGAUUCGUUGUCGGUCGUACCGAUGCAGGUGAUUGAAAGCGCCCGGGUGCUGGACAUUGAUUUUCUGAAGAGCACCAGUGGAAAUACCGCACGUAUCGCUACCGUGGACUCGGUGGUUGACUUUGAUGAUGAGCUGCCGGAGGAUUUCGAUCCGGACGACGAGAUGGAUGACGAGGCGCUGGCUAAGAUCAUGGAGGAAGAGGACUUUGCACACCAUCAACUGAAACCGGCCGCGGUAGCGGUACCUGUCACUCCCGGUGCAACGGACGUACCUCCUUCGUCGGCUUCUACGGCGGCUUCCACUGCAGCUAAAAGUAGACGAAAAUCGAUCGAUCCGGAUGAGUUUGCUCUGCUACAGCAGCAACAGCAACACCGGGCAUCCGCUAUUGCUCGUGUACCGGGAACCCAUGCUAAAGAGCAUCCGCUUCCUUCUCACCUUCCACCAGCUGCUUCGCAGUUGCCAGUUAACCUAUCGCCAUCCGGACCACCCUACUCAGCGAUCGUGCAAAGUCCAAUGAAGGCCUUACUCAAGACACCAUCAGGUCCACCGAUUACCGGUGGCAUCCCGACAUCUACCAUCAUAUCUCCGAAUGUGGCGAGUACGGGAAGAGGGGCUUCCACCAUUUUAGCCAACGCUUUACAAACCGUACCACCCAUACCACCGCACCAUCAUCAUGGAGCACAUCCCGCAACUUUACCUCCACCACCGUUGCUUAAGGAACCGCAUAUGAGCGGGCGGCCCGAUAUAUUAAUGCGCCACGGUCCGGGUCUGGGUCCGAGUAAUCUUCCACACCCAUCACUCUCAUCGCUUGGUGUACCACCGGAACUGCACCAUAAACCGGAGCUAGCACAUCUCAUCAGUGGCUUGACGGGGGUGCCUAUGCGCCAUCCGAAGGGUGUCGGUCCUCCGGUACAUCACGGUGCUGGUGGGCAUCAUCGUAUGCCACCCGUUACCGCGCCGGGUAUCACAAUGCCUCCUUCGAUGCUCGGACAUGCGCCACACCUGAAACCAUCUGCUGGACCACCACCACCAUCGCUACCACCAUCAGUACCACCAGUAACGUCAAGCAAUAGUAUUGCCGCACACUCACAAGCACCAGCGGCCAGCACGGUGGCCAACAACAGUAACGCCGAGCGGCGUGCUGGACGAAGGAAAAAGAUUACUCCGCUAAGGGAAGAUCUAAAGCGAAAGGGUACCGGCGGUGAAGCUCCUAUUCCUGCUGCUCAUCAGGAAGCCCCUGCUGCAGUGCCAGCGUCACAGCAAUUACCACCACCUCAUCAUCAUUCGCAGCAGCCUCCCUUCUUAGCACAUCCUCAACAUCACCCACAUCAUCAUCUUGCUGGAAGCCACGGUGUGCCAAGGUUACCAUCGCACGGAGCUACGGGUCCACCAGUACGUCCACCACCUCCCAUUACAAGCAGCCAUAAUACCGGUCAACAGAAUGCUUCGGCCAUCGCUGCUGCGGCAGCAGCUGCUGCCGCCGUACAGGAACUGGCAAUCAAGGUCCAACAAACGCGGCCCGAUGGAACAGCUGCUGGUGGUAACAGUAGCAGUAACAAUAGCAGCAGCAGCAACAGCAGUAGCAGCAUGCACAUCAAUGAGCCACCCAUCUCGGUUCCUUCUUCGGUAUCUCAUCUUUCUUAUCUGUCGGAAAACCCACUGUUUGCACACCGCCUCGGCCCAUUGCCCAGCAGUAUUCUUGCAUCCAGCAGCUCCAGCCUGCAGCGAAUAGCAGCGAUGAGCGGAGCAGGUCCACCAUUCGGUGAUCCGGCUGCCUACAAUGGUGGUUGGAAGCCGCCACCACCAGGCAAACCCAAAACAGCGGGUGCCAGUGGUCCGGGAGCACCGCCACCGGGAAUGAUGGUUG